CUUCUGAAAUAGAAGGUAAAACUUUAGACGAAGUAAAAGCAUAUGCUAAAGUCUUUUGGCAGCGCUAUCAGGAAUUACCUAAUCAUGAAGAAAUUAUUGCAAAGAUUGUCAAAGGCGAAAGUAAACUGCAACAGACAGUUGGUAUUCAGGAACUACUUAGAGCGAAGGUGGCACAAUAUCGAACACCUGGUCAUCAAUUGCAAGUAUCAAAUCAAGCAAAGGGAAAGACAUUAUUUUCGGAAGAAGAAGAUCGAUAUCUGUUAAUAGCACUCGCAAAAUACGGAUAUGGAACUGAGGAUGUGUAUGAGAAAAUACGGAAUGAAAUUGAAAAUGCUGAAGUGUUUAGGUUUAAUUGGUUUAUUAAGUCGAGGACCGCUGGAGAGAUUGCCCGACGUUGCACCACGCUUAUCAAUCUUAUACAAAAAGAACAUGGCGAAGAAGCAGCAGCACAACCUGUACAGGAAGAAAAGAAACGAAAAGUCAAUGCCGAUUCUUUUAUAAUUUCCAACGGCAGUACCCCUGCCAAACGUGGUAGACAUUGA